AUGGAUAAUGAACUUGGGUAUAAUAUCUUAUCUGACGAAUUCACACCGAUACGACUUUUGUCUGACGUAGAAGACGGCUUUGAUUUGGAAAAUAAAAAUGAGGGGACCUCGGAUGAAUGCAAACUUUUUGAGGCACAGGACUUGAAAACUGUCGAUUCCAAUGCAUCUCCAACCAAAGACAUAAUUCCAAGCGGAAAGCAUAGUUAUGAUGACAUUCGAUUGGAACUAGAUGAUAAGGGUAAUUAUAGCAUUGACUCUAUCGCAAAUGUUUGCAUCAAUAACAUUAAAGGCUGGAACCACCUCUCCAAAACCAAUUUAAAUGUAAAUGCUAUCACUCUUGGCACUAGCAGUACACUUUUUUCUGUGGAAGUUCACAAAAAUGUUGAGUCUGUCAACGUACGGAAAGUAUUCUUUCGGAUAUACAGCCAAAAGGCAUAUGAACUGUAUGAUAAUUCAUUUGAAAGUGAAGUUUUUGAAAUGCUAGCUAAGUGUAAAUUGGGGCCAAAGCUAAUAGCUUACACUUAUGGUGGCAGGAUUGAGGAAUGGAUUGAUGGCAAUGUACUAACCUAUGAUCAAUUACAGGAUAUAAGCAUUCUUAAGAGUGUGGCAGAGCUUAUCUCUGUAAUGCAUAGAAAAUUGCAUACUAAAGUUGCUCCUUUCCAUUGGGACAGAAAUCCAUCAUUGAUUCGUUACCUUAAUCGCUGGUCUAACGGAUCAUUAAGGGGGCCCUUGAUUAAUCAAAAAAGGGUCAAUUUGCAUAGGUGGGUUGAGGAAAAGAAUAUUUAUUGUGAAGCACUCAAGAAUUACGUUAAGACACACAAGUCUUUAGCUUUCAAUCUGGGAUUCUGUCAUAAUGAUGUACAUGAGAAUAAUAUAAUGAUGGAUCUAAAGGGGAGGCUUAGAUUGGUUGAUUUCGAAUACUCUGGAUUUAACUACGUGGGUUGUGACAUUGGAAAUGUGAUAGUUGAAUCUAUGAUUGAUUAUUCUUCAGAAUCGCCUUCGAAAUACAAAAUAUGCUACGAAAAACACAUGGAUGACAACAUUAAGAGAGAAUUUGUCGCUUUUUAUAUUUCCAAUAUGCAAGAAUCCAAAGUGGAUGCUUAUAGUGAAGUUGUGGAUGAUUUUAUACAUUGUGUCGAUAUACUAACCCUUGGUCUUCACUUGUAUUGGGGAUUUUGGAGUGUUUUAAGGGCUUCUGCUGCCCCUAUGGAAAAAAAACAGCCUUUAGACUUUAUAAAAUAUGCAAACGAGAGGUUUUCGAUGUAUAUUAAGGCGAAGGAUACACUUGAAUCUGACUUUAUUCAAUACCUUGAAAAGGCUAAACGCGGGAAUUCCUGA